CUGGCGCCGGGGGACCCGCCCGAGAUGCCGGUGCGGAGCGCCUGCCGCUGCCCCCCGCCGGCCCCGGCCGCCGGAGCCGCCUCGGCCGCCGCCCGCCUCGAGCCGCCGCCGCCCAUCAACACGGCCCAGCCGGGCGUCAGCACCAGCCGCCUCUACAGCGGCGCCAAGUUCCGCGGGCAGCAGCGCUCCAAGGGCAACGCCUACGAGGUGGAGGUGGUGGUCCAGCAUGUAGACAUGGAAAACUCCUAUCUCUGUGGAUACUUGAAGAUUAAAGGCCUUACGGAGGAAUACCCAACCCUUACAACUUUCUUUGAAGGAGAAAUAAUCAGUAAAAAGCACCCAUUUUUAACACGGAAGUGGGACGCGGAUGAAGAUGUGGAUCGUAAACAUUGGGGGAAAUUCCCAGCCUUUUACCAGUACGCAAAAACAUUUAACUCUGAUGACUUCGAUUAUGAGGAUCUGAAGAACGACGAUUUUGUCUUCAUGAGGUGGAAGGAGCAGUUCCUGGUCCCCGACCAUACCAUCAAAGACAUCAGCGGGGCUUCCUUUGCUGGGUUUUAUUACAUAUGCUUCCAGAAAUCUGCAGCAUCUAUAGAGGGCUAUUACUAUCACAGGAGUUCAGAAUGGUAUCAAUCUCUGAAUUUGACUCAUGUUCCUGAGUACAGUGCCCCCAUUUACGAAUUCCGGUGACAGCGAUACCAAGAGCAGCACCAAGAGAUGGCCGGUGGGGCCAGGGAGAGAGAGCGCAAGAGAGAGAGAGAGAGAGAGAGAGCAUGCUCUGUUAAGACAACUGCGAUGUCCCUGUCAGGACAAGAGACUCCAGGCUCUCCUCCUGCCAGUGUCGGACUGGCGUGAGAGCAUGAAUGUGAACCUGUGGGGCUGCCGGGGCCUGAUCCUCCCGCCAGCUGUGUGGCAAACUUGAUCCUUUAAUCUGGUUUUAAAGCUACCAUUCAAUGCACUUUUCUUAUUGCACAGCUAGUCUCUUGAUCACUGACAGUCCUCUCCUUCUGCCCCUCCUGGGGGAGGAAAUGGCUGCGCCUGGCUGGAUUCCCUCCAAGUAGAAGGAAACGUCAGCUACCGUCGGCUUAUGUCUUUUCUCCCUUUGCUCUAGCUAUGGGUAAUACUUAAGAGCAGGUUGCUUCCCUGCUGGGCCUGAGCAGCGCUCGAGGCUUUUGUGUGCAGCGCGCACGGCUGCAGCGUCCACUAAGGAGGCAGCUGGCCAAAGGCGAAGGCUCCGGCGGAUAUCGCCUGUUCCUCUUGGCUGGCGACGCUGCGUCUCAGGAACGUUAGCCGGUCACAGAGGCCCGGGUCAUGGUCUUGAUUCACCCGAAGGGGGAAAUAGCUUGAAACGGUCUGAGGGAGCAGGCAACAUAAUUAUGCUUAUGCAAAGUUUGCGAUCUUAAAGGAUUUUUUUUUUUUAAGGACUUCAACAUUUUUUCAAAAAUACAUUUAUGGCCCAUCGUCCCCACCACUGACCCAAGGACUGUAUGGUAUAGGCACACCUUGUUCCUCCUUACAUUUUACUGUGGCUGCUUUCCUUUCCAUGGUGAAAGCAGUAGAAGCCAGUGUGGGCUGAUGGUGGUGAUCUCUCUGUGCAACCAUCUGGCAGUGUUCACACCCACUCAUCCCAGAGUAAGAAUAUAGCGGUGGUGUGAAAAUUGAGCUCCUGGCACUUGCUCCAACUCCUCAUGCUACAGAAGACAUUUGAUGUUUGCUAUGAUUUCCUCAGACAAAAAACAACAACCACAAACCUCCAUAAAAAAUAUGGAGGAAAUUCAAAAUGUUCAAUAACUUACGGCUUGCGUGCCAAAUUGUGUGCGUGUGUGUAUAUGUGUGCUAGUCCAAAAGCUGUUGUCCUCUUUAACGUGGCACUCAUCCAGGGAAGGUAUUUUGGAGGCUGCAUGAUUGUACCGUUUGCUGGCAUGGGGUAGGUGGGUGGGUGGUGGCAACUACCUAGCUGCUUGGUUUUGUGGGGUGAGAAUGUUGCACCAUUUGUCACUGUGCAAGAAGGCAGAAAAAUGGUCAACCCUUUGCAAAUCUUUCUGUCCCUUCCCACAGGUACCUAGGAUUUACAGGGUAGCUUAAAACAGCUCUGUCAAGGGAGUUUGGCCAGAAGGAGCUGGUAUUUUACCACCUUGAAGGUGGCCAAGGAUAACAGCACAGCCAUGCUGUUUAGGUUCCAAUCAUCCUGCGUUGCUGUCGUUCACGAUGGGUCAGACCUCCGAAAGUAGGCAUGUUAGUUGGGGCUGCAGGUGAGUUUUCUCCCCUCUCUACAGCCUGGGCUCUGUGUGUGCUGCAAUCUUGAGAGAGCACAGAAAAAAGUGCAGAGUGUGGCACUGGUGUGGAAUUUAGCUUUUAUUGGUUAGAGGUCAGGUUUUUAGCCCUCAUAGCUUCAAUGGUCAGCUUGUAAGUGUUGACACUUUAGAAGGCAGAACGGUGGCUAAAAUUGAAUAAGGUGGCAGGCAGGCAGGGCAAGGCUUCACUGACCUCCCCAUGGCCAGCAAAGCCAGAAUAAAUUCUGCAAACCAAAAAGUGUGUGCACAGUUGCUCAAUUGACAGUCAUUAUGCGAAUUGCAGAGUCCUGCUUUCCUCGGCGCAGAAUUUGGCUUGCCAGGGUGCAGAGUUGUAACAUUUUCAGUGCAUAGUAUGCGUAGUUGUCUCCUAUAUCUUCAGAACAAGGUAGCUGAGCAUUUUAAGGGUAUUCUUUGCUUAUAGCAAGGGGAAGAGAGGCAAAGCCCUCACUAAUGAAGUGUUGGAUUAUUCUUCAGGCUUGCGGUUUGUGUUCUCCUUCUAACCAUGUACUGUACAUUGCAGUGGCUGAAUUGCUAACUGAAGCCUUAACAGGAGUGUAUGGAUCUCUGCUAGCACGUGUAUAUUUCAGGUCAAGCAUUCACCUUAAUCACAAACAAGAUGCCCCCAGGCCGAGGCCUCCUCUUCCUCCCACCCCCAGUGCAGCCCCAAAGUAGUUUUAAGGUGCCUGCCAUUCAGGAGUGGAGGCAGAGGCAAGAUGUGAAGAGCUGAGGAAACAUGGCAGAAACGUGUUUCAAAUGGAAGUGUUGACAGCGCACAGGAGAUGGAAAGGCAACGCUUCGCCUGGCCGCUGGCAUGAGUGGUGAAGUCAGACGGGUGUUUUUCUGGAAAAAUCCCUAGAGGGCAAUUGCUUUGCUUCGUUGAAGGGAAGUCGGCGGUGCCUAGCAUGGUCAUUAUCCUGCUCUGUUGAACUCUGCUAGCCUGGCGCAGAGGAUGGGACUGGGUGCUUCGGUAGGAGUAGGGGGGAAAUGGCAAGUCUGGUAGGGUGUGGGCCCCUCUGCUACUUUCCUCGCUGAAUAGGUGAUUGCUCACGCACAAUAAUAAAGGUUCUUCAGUACUUUGGGACUAAUACCCCAGGCUAUGUUCCACCUUAAACAGCAGCUCCUUCCCUUCUGCUUCUCUCUCACUACUUUUAAGCAAGCCGGCAUUUUGCUAAGAGACAGACAAUUAACCGUGCCUUUUGCUUUCUUUAGUUUCAGGGGAUGUGAUGUUAGGAAAAGGUGUCUCUUUCCUCAGCCUGAGUUUAAAAGUUAUUAUCACAGGAGGAAGCGAAUGACUCCUCAGAGAUCACCUCAGCCCAUCCGAAUUAGCGUUGCAUGUAAACAACAAAGCUGAAGGAGAGGAAGCCCAAGCAAGUUGUACUUCCUCUUCUGUGACCUCUGGUGUAACACACAAGAAGGAACUGUGUGGGUGUGAGAGAGGCGUAUCAUUUCUGGGGGGCAAAGCAACUUGCUUGUCUCGCCCCUGAAAGGCCCAGUGCUAGAAGUGUGGUAUAUUCAGGGCUAACACUGGACACGUUCCUUCUUCUGGCCCCUUUAUUACAAUAUAGGCAAAGCCCACCUCGGUCCCUGUGGCCACACAUCCACCACUUCGGGCCAGAAUUCAAGAAAUGGAGAUUCCGGUUCCACGUGCGCAGGAGGGCUUUAGGUUUGGGGGGUGGUAGUUUUACAGCAACUCUGUGGUGCAUGUCAAAGUGGUCUUAAAGCUGAGAGGAGUUCUUAAAAGCAUUUUGAAAUAAUGAGAUGCUGGGAAUGAGGUCUCAAAGCCAAAAAUCCAGAAAUUUGGGGGUGGGGUGGGGUGGGGAGGAGGAGAGAUGCACAGUUCUUGGAUGAAUUUGAAGUUCUUUUGAUUCCAUACAAUUGUAUGACAUGUGUUUUUAUCAACUGGCAGACUAAGCAAUGUUUUUUUAAAACCUAAUACCUUCUAGAAUGCUAGAAAAAAAAUCUUCUAAAAUGGUCAAAGUCCACCUGCUGUAAUCCAUCCUUCCAAGCAGCUGUUGAAAAUACCAAGGGCCUCUCCAUUGUAACUCACGUUGCAGCAGGAAUUUUAUCUUCCCUUCGUUAUGCAAACUUGGCAUUUCAUGGGAGGAUCCAUCCUCUAAAUUGGAGAGUUGGGUAACUUACAGAAAAUGUGGCAGAAGGCCCCUUGGAGCUACCAGCCAGGGUCCCACAAACCAAGCCAUGGAUGUGCUAUAUGGAAAGGGCUCUUCUCAUUCUGAGGUGUAAACCUGAUUCGUUACGUGCUUCUGUACACAACAUCAUACAGCACCAAGAAGGUGAAAGGGCCGGAACAAACAGGCUUUAAAGAAAAGUUGGCUUUGCUUUUUGGAACAGAGCUCUUUUUCCUUAAAGACUUGACGUUCAUUCUCUCCCUGCUCCCCCCUUCAGUAAAUGGUCAGAUGCUAAAACAAAAAGCAUGAAGCACGGUAGCAUUGUGCUUGUAGACAAGUCUUACCAGGCUGGGACGGGGCAAGGGCUUGUCAUAGGCAGAGUGGCUUCUAAAGUGGGAUCUUCCAAGUUUUAUUGAAAAGGUUUUAUAAAGCUAACUUGUAAAUCAGAGUAUUAAAGAGUAUUUAUAGAUGAACUGCAGAAAAGGGACUGUGAGUUUUUCCAGAGUUAUCAGUGUCCAGAUUAAAAGAACAUGAAUUUAA